ACGGGUUCUCCCGAACGCCCCUUCCGCGCGCACCCUGGGGCGGCCCCCUGACCCAGGGAUGGAUUUGCCUGGGAACCAAACCUCCUUCCCCCUCCCCAGCCCCUCCCCUUGGGAGGCCAACCGCAGCCUCGGCGCGGAAGACCCGCGCCCCGACCCGCCCCUCCUCUCCGUCUUCGGCGUGCUCGUUCUGACCUUGCUGGGAUGUCUGGUGGCGGCGACGUUCGCCUGGAACCUGCUGGUGCUGGCGACCAUCCUCCGCGUGCGCGCCUUCCACCGCGUGCCGCACAACCUGGUGGCGUCCAUGGCCAUCUCGGACGUGCUGGUGGCCGCUCUGGUCAUGCCACUGAGCCUGGUGCACGAGCUGUCCGGGCGCCGCUGGCAGCUGGGCCGGCGGCUGUGCCAGCUGUGGAUCGCGUGCGACGUGCUGUGCUGCACGGCCAGCAUCUGGAACGUGACGGCCAUCGCGCUGGACCGCUACUGGUCCAUCACCCGCCACCUGGAAUACACGCUGCGAGCCCGCAAGCGCGUCUCCAACGUGAUGAUCGCGCUCACCUGGGCGCUGUCCGCCGUCAUCUCCCUGGCCCCGCUGCUCUUCGCCUGGGGGGAAACCUACUCCGAGGGCAGCGAGGAGUGCCAGGUGAGCCGCGAGCCCUCCUACACCGUGCUCUCCACCGUGGGCGCCUUCUACCUGCCGCUCUGCGUGGUGCUCUUCGUGUACUGGAAGAUCUACAAGGCCGCCAGGUUCCGCGUGGGCUCCAGGAAGACCAACAGCGUCUCUCCGGUGCCGGAAGCCGUAGAGGUGAAGACCUCUGCUCAGCAGCCCCAGACGGUGUUCACGGCCCGCCAUGCCACUGUCACCUUCCAGACAGAGGGGGACACCUGGCGGGAACAGAAGGACCAGAAAGCUGCCCUGAUGGUGGGCAUCCUCAUCGGGGUGUUUGUGCUCUGCUGGACCCCUUUCUUCACCACGGAGCUCGUCAGCCCCCUCUGCUCCUGUGACCUCCCCGCCAUCUGGAAGAGCAUCUUCCUGUGGCUGGGCUACUCCAACUCCUUCUUCAACCCCCUGAUCUACACGGCUUUCAACAAGAACUACAACAGCGCCUUCAAGAACCUCUUUUCUAGGCAACACUGAGUCCGAGGCCCCGGGGUAAAGGAGGGGCUGUUCCCAUAACUCAGUGAACUUCCCAGUUCCAUCCAUGUCCCCACCACUGCCCAGCACCACCUGGUAGAGACAGACCCUUCACGUUCUCCAGGGUCAUCUUCAGAAGGAAGCUAGCCUCACCUCUGCCUCCCAGGCAGGAACGGGGGUCUCCACGAGCCGACGGGGGGACUUGGCCGAAUCUACCUAUGAUUGCUCACUCCUCACCUACCAGCCACGGAAUUGCCCACAAAGGGCCCUUCCCUUUCCAGAACCCACUCCAGCAUGGUUAUUGUCCUUGUCCCUGAGAAGUCAAACACGGCAGAUGAGAGGGAGGACAUACAACAACAUGGACAGGUAGAAAUGAAUUUUUAAAAGUGAAUAAGAAGUUAUAAAGGGGACACCUGGAGGUAGGAAACCCUAAUUCCAAGUGUCCUGGAAGAAUCCCCGUUUCGCAUAUUCUGCUGUAUAGGUCCUGGUAAGUUACCCUCAUGUUGAUCGUGUGUGUCCCAAUAUUUGGCCACAAAACAUUGUCUCUAAACAUGUUAAAGUACAUAGCUGCAUCUGUAAGACCAGUGAACACUGGCUCUAUGGUUCUUUGUUUGUGGCAACAACACACACACAACCACGGAGAAGGCAAAUGUUCCAAUUGGCAACCCAUCAACUUGGAAAAGGCGCUAAAAGUCAAAUCAAAUACCUCCUUCCAUUUUGAAGCAACUGUUCACAAACCACAGGGAAAAAACAUGGACUAGUUUCAUAGAAUCUGUCAAGCCUGCUUAUUUGCUAUGGGUUUCAUUUGUAUGGAAUUUACUCAGAUGUUUAUCCUCAGAUCAUAAGAUUGGAGCAAAAUAAUUGUCAUGAAUUUGUUGGCUUCUUAAAUAGAGUUUCAUAACCAAGGACUACGAAGUCACAUUCACCAAGCAUGAGCACUUUAAGGGGUAGCUGAUUAACUUGCUAAUUGCUGUUUUUUAUUGGUAUGUGAAUGCUUGCUGCCAUACCAACACUGGUAACUAAGGAGAAAGGUGGAAAUGUGACGAAAUGUGGCCUCGGUCCUCUACAAAUUGACACCUCUAUAAAAAAAGUGAGGUGAGCCAACUAGUUGACGACACAGGGUUUAUAUGAUGAUAUAAAACCCAGGCCAUUAUACAAAACUUUAAAAGGACCUUGGACAGUAGAACGGCCUGGGGUCUGCUAUGUCCCUGAUACCUUGAAAGCAUGAAUUCAAAAAUUAGGCAUCAUAAUAACCUUUGAAUCAUUAUAAUACAGAUGGUUACAUCUAUGUAUUUCUUUUGGAUGUAAUAAAUUAUGUUGAUCAAGAUUUCAAAAGUAGGAAAUCUGUGCUAAUUUGUGGUCUUGGUUUGAAGUUUAGUCUUGCACUUACUACAAAAGUGGUCUUGGGUCGGCUGAGUGGCGUGAUGGUUAAGAACGGCUUGGGACGCCAGAGGGCCCCGGUUCGGA